AUGGGAUACAUACAGGAAGCACGCGAGAAUCACGUGAAAAAGAAGGUAGAAGAAGCAUUGCGGAGCAAAAUGAAGCAGAAGGCGUUGCAGGAAUGCAAGGAUUUGGCGUCCAAGUAUGCGGAAUGCUCAUAUGGGAGAACCAUUUCUGUGGUUUGGCAGUGUCGACAACAAGCUAAGGAAUUAAACGAGUGCCUUCACCAAUUCACUAACGAUGACGUCUUGGAGGAAAUGAAGAGAGACUACAUGCUUCAACAAGAUGGGAAAGUGUCUGCAAAAGUCUGA